AUGGCCGGCCGCAGACAGCAAGAGCUGCAAUCAUCUGAAAGGUCAUCGAAAGCACCUCGCCCCAACAAAUCACCCAUCAUGGUUCACCCUGCCCCCGACGGAAACAUUGCAACCGGCCUCAGUCUCGUUCCAGGUACCGAGUCGCGCCAGUACCACUCCAAGAUUGAGAGCAUCUAUGCCCUGCCCGCCGAUGGUCAGGAGUUCGACCGUUUAGAGGCCCAGCACCGUCUCAUCGGCCUCCUCUUCGGUGGCACUGUGUCUGCUCCCAUUGAGCUCAAGACGGGCUCUAAGGUUCUCGACGUCGGCUGCGGUCCCGGCUCGUGGAUUAAGCAAGUCAAGACCGAGCACCCUGAGAUUGAAGCCUACGCUACUGACUUUGCGGACACGUUCAAGCCCUCCGACGCGCAGGUCAAGUUUGUCCACGGCGACAUCCUCAAGGGUCUGCCGUUCGAGGACGACACGUUCGACCUGGUACACAUGCGCUUCUUUACUGGCGCGCUCAAGGUGUCUGAGUGGCCUGUGGCCGCCAAGGAGCUCGCGCGCAUCACGCGCCCGGGGGGCUGGGUCCAGAUGGUGGAGCCAGAUGGCACGCUCCGUUCCGAGCGCGGCAUCACGGACGCAAUUGCCGACUGGAACAAGCGCGGCAUGCGCGGCUCGCUCGAGAAGCGCGGCGGCGAGCCCAACGCCGGUCCCAAGCUGCACGAGUUCAUGGCUGCCGCGGGUCUCACCAACAUCGAUAACAAGGCCAAGUCGGCGCCCAUGAACUCCAAGGUUGGGCCUGUUGGCGCUCACAUGAAUGCCGACUAUCAGGCGCUUAUCACUACUCUGGCGCCUGUGCUCGCCCAGAGCUGGGAUAUGACCCCCGCUGAAGUCGUUGAGUGGGGCCGCAAGGUCAUGGCGGAUUGCAACAGUGUUGAGGGGUUCCACAACUUCCAUACUGCCGUUGGACAGAAGCCUCAGUAG